CAACUUUCGCUUUUUCUUCCCUCCCAAUUUUCUCUUUUUUUAUUUUUUUUUAUCUCUGACCUAAUUGUCUCUCUUCUCUUUUGUUCUCGUCAAUAUCACCACUCAUCUCCACCCACAACCUAGAUAACAUCUCUCUAAAUUUCUCAUCUUCUCCUCUGCCCCCAUCACCUUGAUCUGUCUGUCUAUACACUCAUUGUUUGACAAAAAACAAAAUAUAACACUGGGAAGUUUUGUCAUAGCUGAGAGCUGACUCUAGCUAGAGGAUAAUAAGAUUACAAGAGAGAGGAAUUGUUUUUGAUUGGAUCCACAAAAUUCAAGAUGACUCCAGUUAAUUUGGCAGGCCAGUUUGGUGACACGACAUACACUAAGGUGUUUGUUGGAGGCUUGGCCUGGGAGACUCAAAAGGAGACAAUGAAGAAGUAUUUUGAGCAAUUUGGUGAGAUCUUGGAGGCCGUUGUCAUCACUGACAAAGCUACUGGAAGAUCUAAAGGCUACGGAUUUGUUACUUUUCGUGAACCAGAAGCUGCCAUGAGAGCUUGUGUGGAUCCUGCUCCUGUAAUCGACGGCAGGAGAGCUAACUGCAACCUUGCUUCUUUGGGUGUCCAGAGAUCUAAGCCUUCAACCCCAAAGCAUGGAGGAGCAGGGAGGAACUUUAGAGUAAUGGGUUCUUUCCAGACAGGAUUUGGAGGGGGAGUGGGAUCAGCUUUUCCUUCAGCAGCAACCUUCCCUCAUUACGCCAUCCAGCAAGGGAUACCUUAUAAUGUUUAUGGGUACUCUCCUUACUCGCCGGAUUACACUUACCCUACGAGCUACUAUGGUGUGUAUGGAGGAGCAACAGCACAGUACCCAGUUUAUGGAAGUGGACCUGCUGCAGCUGCAGGAGGGAUGAUGAGCGGUGGUGCAGCGUUCUACCCAUAUCUGCAGUACGGAGGAGAAGGGAGUGGCGGCGGCGGUACUUCCGGACAGGGUUAUGGUGUGAACUACCCUCCUCAGGCUCAUCUUUUUCAGUAUUCUCCCAUUGCUUCCACCGCUGGCUAUGCCCAGCACUAUGGUACACCUACUAUGUCUCUUGCUCCUUCCCCUGCCUUGCAAUCAGUCUGUUUUGCUGUGCCGCAGGCGUGACCAUGCCUCUUCAAGCUCCAAUUCCUCAUCGCUAGAGACUCAUCAUCUCAAACUAGCUAUGUCAAAACUUCCCAGUUGCUCCUGCUCCUUGAAGUCUCUCUUCCACUCAUCAACCUUUGCCCUAACCAUGGUGCUCUCUCUCUCUCACACACCCACCCACUCUUUCACUAACACUUAAACAAAGUCCAUCAAUGGCAUUUGGACUUUUUCCAGCAUAAGAAGCCCCCCGUAGGGGCUCAAAUGUUUCUCCUCGUUUGGAGAGUCAUGCAUUCCUUUUUCUCAACAUAAAGAAGACUCUGUUGCAUCUUCAAUGAAAUUAAGGUUCCUUGGAAGAAGAGAACCAAGCCAACACAAAGCUAUCGGAUAUAGCUGACUUGUUGGAAAAAAAAAAAAUUAAGAACAGCAAAGCUUGGCCCUUGGAAAGGCCAAGCCCAAACGAACCAUCUUCUUAACUUGGGCCCAAGACGGGCUAAGUAAAAGUACAGAAUGGUUUCAAAAUUUGUAAAUGGCAGAUCACAGAUAGCUAGCUCAUCAACUAGAAAUUUUAAGUUAGUUCUGCAAAAAUAGGUAUUCCCUCCAAGCAAUGCUAAUCACCUCUGGAUGAAGAGGAACUUUUAGCAAUCAAUAUCAUGGACAUUGGAUGUCCCAGCUUUUUUGUAUGGUAACAUCUAGCUAGUCUUAGGCUUUAGUGUUAGGAUCAGUCAUGUCUUCAUAAAUAUGUUUUUGUCAAUUUUCAGAAAAAAAAGGGGUUUAACCAACCAACCAACCAAUUAAAAAUCUUCCCUUUGGGUAAGGGGAGGCAACAACUAACUGCUGUUUUUUAUCCUGUAAAUUCAAUGAGGCUAAACUAUGGGAGUUUAAGCCCAAUCCACUAAUCUUUAGGAGGGAUAGUGUUUUAAUUUCCCGCUUAGCAUAAGUAGUACAUUUCAUCAUCAUCUUGAGAACUACGUCAAUGGAUGUGGUACUCAAAACACUUGCAUGUAACCCUGGGAGAUAUUUUGGUUCCCUUGGGUACUUCACUUACUCACCAACCAUGGUUAGGACAUAGGUGAAUCUCAUCACUCUCUUUCUCUCUUCUCCCUGCUUUCUGUCUGGCAACUUUUACAUCGAGAUGGACCUUGAUACUCUAUUAAUUAUAUGUUUAAGCCUAUAUGGUUUGGAUUGUAAUUAGGAAUACUAAAGUAGGAGGAUUUCAUUCUCUAUCCAUGCUGGAUGAGAAUGGAUUUGCUACUCAUCCUACUAUGCCUUUAAUUUGAUACUAUGCUUGCUUCUAUUCAACCUAUGUCAAGAUAAGCAAAUCAAGUUAAUGCUUCGAGUAAUGCUCAACUUUUUUGUUAUAUUUCAAUCAAGGAUAUUUUAUUA